CUCUCAUGUCCGCUGGGCGAGUGGCAGCCAGACAGGCAGAGGGUGUUUCUCCACUGCACCGCCAGGGACAGCUGACUGGCUGGGAUCUAAUUGCUCUCCAGUGAGGUCAGCGGGAGGCAUUUAUCUCAGCCCAGUGCACAGCAGCAGUGGGAGAUGCAGAGUCAGGGAGACCUCCGUGGGAACUGACGGCUUCAGAUCGAGCCUCUCUCCGAAGACAGCACCACCCAGAGCGCAUACAUCCGGCACAACAUUUCCUGAAGUGGAUUAUGUCGUUGCUUGUGGGACUCUGGUCUCAAGAGGAUGGAGCAGCCAACAGAGACCGUCACUGAGGACUAAAGAGAGACAUCAUCACAGGUCGUCAGACCGCUCUCCACCUUCAGCCAACCCACCCAGCUUCUCAAAGUCUCCUCCACAACCUCCCCUCACCAGGAAUACCUGCUGCGAGAACAGGGCCGGAGGUCACCUCCCAGGUGGAACAGUUCGGGAUCAGGGGUCGCUAAGGGCGAGCGCACGCAUCUCACAUUGAAGAAUGUUGUUCAUGGACCCCCACUGCAUUGUAUUAUAAUGCACACAUGGAUGCUGACAUGGAACCUUCAAAACCUGUUCUCGGGACUGUACCUCCACGCCGUCUUCUUGUUCGGCAGUGUGUGCGUGGUCGACAGUGACUGCACUCCAGAGCAACUCGCCGCCAUCAUGAACUGCUCCAGACACGAGCGCCACACCAGGAACUACGACUACAUGGAGGGAGGAGAUGUGCGCAUCCGACAGCUGUUCAGCCGCACGCAGUGGUUCCUCACCAUCGAUGACUUGGGCAACAUCAACGGGACUCAAGACCCCACCAACUGCUACAGUAUCCUGGAGAUCAGGACCGUGUCUGAGGGCGGCGUUCUGGCCAUCAAAGGUGUGAAGAGCCAGUUCUAUAUCUCGAUGGCGAAGGCUGGACAGCUGCAAGGCAAGAGGAUCUACAAUGAAAACUGCAACUUCAAGGAGGUUUUCCUAGAAAACUAUUUCAACGCGUACUCGUCUGCCAGGUGGACUAAAAAUGGCAAAGAGAUGUUCAUAGCUCUGUCUCAGAAGGGCCGGCCAAUGAGAGGGAAGAAGACCAGGAGGGAGCACAUCGCUUCUCACUUCAUCCCCAUGAAGUGCAGGGAGGAGGACAGCCGGGUGGACUGAUGAGUCACACAUAUCAGAAAUGUUCCCAUCACGCUGCACUCCUUCUGUAAUGUGACAUAACUUCAACUUUACAUAACAAACAGCCACAGAUAUCAGAUGGCUGCUUUCAACUAAACAUCCUGACAUGAGAUGUGGAAACAAGGAAAUCAACAACAUGAUGUGUUGUUCACCUUAAGGAGUGAUGAACACAUGUGUUGUUCACCUUAAGGAGUGAUGAACACAUGUGUUGUUCACUUUAAGGAGU